CGCUUCCACCGCUUUGAACUCAGUUCAGGUCAAUUCACUUCAAAGUUCAAUCUUCACUCUUAUAGCACCACAAACAUGGAUAACUUAUGUGUCCUGAUGGUCUGCCCAACAUCAACCUACAUCGAAGAAGAGCUUGAGAAAAGCUUCAAACUGUUGAAGUUAUGGCACUUUGAAGACCAAAACCAGUUCAUCAAGACUCACUGCAACUCCAUUAGAGCUAUUGUUAGUAGCGGCAAAGCUGGGGCGAACGCGGAACUGAUUGAAUCCUUGCCUAAGCUCGAGAUCAUCUCGAAUUACGGUGUUGGAUUGGACAAGGUUGACUUGAUUAAGUGUAAAGAGAAAGGUGUUAGAGUUACAAACACCCCUGAUGUGCUGACUGAUGAUGUAGCAGACCUGGCAAUUGGGUUGAUUUUGGCUAUGUUGAGAAGGAUUUGUGAGAGUGAUAGAUAUGUGAGAAGUGGGAAGUGGAAAAAGGGAGAUUAUAAGUUGACUACUAAGUUCACUGGAAAAUCAGUUGGCAUAAUUGGUAUGGGCAGAAUAGGCACAGCAAUUGCCAAGAGAGCAGAGGCAUUUAGCUGCAAUAUCAGGUACCACUCAAGAACUGAGAAACCAAACUUGAACUACAAGUACUAUCCCAAUGUUAUAGAAUUGGCAUCAAACUGCCAAAUCCUGGUUGCUGCAUGCUCCCUAACGGAGGAAACACGACACAUCAUCAAUCGAGAAGUCAUCGAUGCAUUAGGCGAAAAGGGUGUUGUUAUCAACAUCGGUAGAGGCCUUCUGGUGGAUGAAUCUGAGCUGGUAUCAGCGCUAGUUGAAGGCAGGCUAGGUGGUGCUGGACUUGAUGUGUUUGAACAUGAACCCCAAGUCCCUGAAGAGCUUUUUGGCCUUGAAAAUGUUGUGUUAUUGCCCCAUGUAGGAACUGGCACAGAGGAAACUCGCAAGGCCAUGGCUGAUCUUGUCAUUGGAAACUUGAAGAAUCACUUCAACAACAAGCCAUUGCUCACUCCUGCUGAUCCAAAAGGACCAAAACCUGAAAACCUGUACAAACUGCUCAAGAACAACAUACUUUCAGAAAACAAAAGACAAAAACAUUUUUUUAAUUUCUUAAAAAUGGAGAAAAUAGGUGUCCUAAUGACCACCCCAAUUUCCACAUAUCUUGAACACGAACUCUCAACUCGUUUCACUCUCUUCAAACUCUGGACCCAAUCUUGCAAGUCCGAGUUCCUUCGGCAAAACUCAAGUUAUAUAAAGGCAGUGGUGGGCGACACAAAAUGUGGAGCGGAUUCAGAUCUGAUAGAAUCACUGCCAAACUUGGAGAUAGUGGCAAGUUACAGUGUGGGGCUAGACAAGAUUGACUUGGAUACGUGUCGAGAUAAGGGUGUUAGAGUUACCAAUACUCCUGAUGUUUUGACUGAUGACGUCGCAGACUUGGCAAUUGGGUUGAUUUUGGCAGUUCUGAGAAGGGUUUGUGUUGGGGAUGAGUUUGUCAAGUCUGGGGAAUGGAAAAGUUGUGAGCUUGGAUUGAGUUCUAAGUUCAGUGGUAAAUCAGUUGGAAUUAUUGGUUUGGGCAGGAUUGGAUCAGCAAUUGCCAAGAGAGCAGAAGCUUUUGGCUGCCCAAUUAGCUACCAUUCCAGAUCUCAGAAAUCAGAUGCAAAUUACAAAUACUACUCAAAUAUCGUUGACUUAGCCUCCAAUUGUCAAAUCCUCAUUGUGGCGUGUGCUUUGACUGAAGAAACUCGCCAUAUUGUCAACCGCAAAGUCAUUGAUGCAUUAGGUCCAAAUGGCAUUCUCAUCAACAUCGGAAGAGGGGCACAUAUAGAUGAGUCUGAGCUCGUGUCUGCAUUGCUCAAAGGUCGAUUGGCUGGAGCAGGACUUGAUGUGUAUGAAGAUGAGCCUGAGGUUCCUGAACAGUUGUUUGGACUUGAAAAUGUAGUCCUCUUGCCUCAUGUGGGAAGUGACACUGAGGAAACCAGUAAGGCAAUGGCAGACCUCGUGAUCGGGAACUUGGAUGCACACUUUAAUAAAAAGCCCCUCUUGUCACCAGUGACAUGAUUGAGUUGGUAGGUAUAAAAGUCUGAAGUAGGGAUUUUUAUCUUCAGUAUUGAUGUAAAAUAGAUCAUAAUUUUG